AUGCGUUCACUGCUAGCGUACUACGCUGAAGCGGUCAUGUCAGCGGUAGCACGGGAGGCUGGGUGCGCGGGCGGGUGCAACGGCCACGGGGACUGCAUGAACGGCACCUGCCUCUGUGAGAUACGAUACUCGGGAGAUGAGUGUGCCGGACCCAACAUGCCGUACCAUGCGUGUAUUGGUGGGGUAUUCCUUCUAGUGGCUUUCGUGUGCGCAGUGCAAUUGAUAAUAUGCAUAGUGACAGAGUACAGAAGGCUCAAAGCGCCUACAUUCCUAAAAGCGUGUAAAGUGACGACGCAGAAGAUGCUAUACCUUGUAGCAUUCCUCGCUUCGCUCAUUCGCGGUGCUUACUUUGUAUCGCCGUCAGCAUUCCAAGAAGGGUGGGCGACGAGCCUGCUAUCCGCGUACUAUCCUCUCUUGAUGUCGGGAUCAUCCCUCAUCGUCUGUUUUUGGGCGGAGGUGUUCCACCUUCGUGACAUUCGCUGGGAGAGGCCGCGAUUCAUCUCGAAGUCUUUCCUCGCGUUCGUUACAUUCAACGUCAUCAGCUAUUCUCUGCUGGCGGCAGAAGUGCUGACCACCAACAUUGCUGAUACUUCUGUGAAAAACAGGAAUUUUUACCAGCACGUAUUCAACGGUUGCUACUCGGUGCUGCUGUUCAUAGUGGUCAUAUUCUUCCUCAUAUAUGGAGUAGAAGUUUUUUUCAAGCUUCGCGGUGAAUUCCUCAAGGAAACGAAAGUAUGCACGAUAAUAUCCCCAAGACCGGGACCAUCCACCGCAGCCGAAGGCGAUGAUGUUCAAGACACGUUGGUCACUAAGCAGGGCAUCCAGACAGAUUUAGCAGACUACAAUGGCACGGUGGAUCCCCGCUCGGUGAACCACUCGCAACUACAUCAGUCCCGCCUAGGUCUGGUCAGCCAGGCCUUGAUGCUGAUUCUCAUUGCUGGUUUCCUUGCUUCGGAGACGUUGAGCGAGUUUUGGAAGACUAAAGUGCCAGUGGUGUCGCGCAACUGGCACGACGUGGUGUUCCGGCUGGCUGAGAUCGGUGUCGCGCUAUGGUUCCCGUGCGUGCUGUGGAACUGCAUGGCGCCGGAGCGACUGUGGCUGCUCAACCCGCGGCGGCUGCUCGCGCGGCAGCUGGACGACGCGCGCCUCUCCGAUCUGUUGGCCAAGAGACCGACUGAUCAUAAGGUGAACUAUGAGACCGACUCUCUCGUGGGGAGUGUGGGUUCGGUUCGCGACUGUUGGAUAUGCUACGACAGUUCUCGGCCUGAGCCUCUAAUAACGCCGUGCAGAUGUACGGGGGACGUUGCUGCCGUCCAUCAUGACUGUUUGAGAAGAUGGCUGGUAGAGAGUGCUUCGUCUCCUGAUGGCUUAAAAUGCAAGGUGUGCAACACGCCCUACAUCGUACAAGAAACGAAUAGGGUGGAGUGGGAGCGCGGGUUCACGCGCGCGCACUGGACGCGCACGGCGCUGGGCGUGGCGUGCGCGUGCGCGGCGGCGGGCGCGGCGUGGGCGCUGGUGCAGCUGUUCCCGUCGCCCGUGCCGCGCGUGCUGGCCGCCGGCGCCGCGCUGCUCGUCUGCUACGUCGUCAUACGGUGUCUUGGAACACACACAAUCACAGCAUACCAGCGUGCCAAAGUGUCUUCACUGAAGAUUUUAACCGAGCCUAUGGAACUGAACACCGAUCAAAACCAACUAUCGACCAUAAGCAAAACUGUGACCGUCGAAAUAGCGUCUAAGGCGAUACUCGAUCAAGCAUUGAAAGGAGAGAAA